UGUUCAAGACAUUAAUGUGUCUACAAACUGUUUAAGAAUAUACAAAUAGUUGUGUGAUCGAUAAAAGAAAUUUGUUGAACCAUUGAAGUACAUAUAAACAUAAAUUAUGGCAGGUAGUGGAACUGUUACGACACCAACUAUAAAGCAAUUGCAUGAGAAAGAUCAUGCAUCCAUAUCUAAUGUAGAUUAUUCUAGUAUAAGGGGAAAGGGUGUUUUAGUAAGUCCAUCAGAAGAUCAGUAUGAACUGUUACUUAGACGCUUGAAAGAGAGAAUUCAAGAUGGAGGCAGUGAAACAAUUUUUGACAUUGGUAUAGGUGAAGAUGGCUCAGAGGAUGGUUUGAAAGAGGAUGAGUAUGAAGCAUCUGUUGCCACUUUGCAAUCUCUUGCAGCAACAUUAGAGGCAGACUGUGUGCUUCUACGUCAAAGUAAAGUAGAUCAAGGCCUUGUAGGACAGUACCUAGUACGAAGGCGUUUAGACAGACAGGAUUUCUUAGAGAUUAGGGUGGCUGUUGUUGGUAACGUAGAUGCUGGAAAAUCAACACUAUUGGGUGUACUCACACAUGGAGAACUCGAUAAUGGCAGAGGUCUGGCCCGUCAGAAAUUAUUUCGUCAUAAGCACGAGGCUGAAACAGGUCGUACUAGUUCAGUUGGAAAUGAUAUACUUGGGUUUGAUAGUGUCGGCAAUGUUGUAAAUAAACCAGAACAUGGAUCUUUGGAUUGGGUGAAAAUAUGCGAAAAAUCUUCGAAAGUUAUUACAUUUAUUGAUCUCGCUGGUCACGAAAGAUACUUAAAAACAACUGUUUUUGGAAUGACUGGGCAUGCACCAGACUUUGGCAUGCUAAUGGUCGGAGCAAACGCUGGCAUUGUUGGAAUGACAAAGGAACAUUUGGGGUUAGCUUUAGCUUUAUCGGUGCCAGUAUUCGUCGUAGUUACGAAAAUUGAUAUGUGUCCGCCGAACAUAUUACAAGAAAAUUUAAGAUUGUUGAUAAGAAUUUUAAAGUCUCCAGGCUGCAGAAAAGUACCAGUUACCGUAAAAACGUCUGACGAUGUCGUCGUUAGCGCUACUAAUUUUGUAUCCGAACGGUUGUGCCCUAUUUUUCAAGUGUCGAAUGUAUCGGGGGAAAACUUGAAUCUUCUGAAAAUGUUUCUAAAUCUAUUGACUGCAAGAAUAACUAGUCACGACGAUGAACCAGCAGAAUUUCAAAUAGAUGAUACAUAUUCAGUACCGGGUGUCGGUACUGUGGUUUCUGGAACAACUUUGAAAGGUGUCAUAAGAUUAAAUGACACUUUAUUAUUGGGACCUGAUCCUCUAGGUCGUUUCAUUCCAAUUACCGUAAAGAGUAUCCAUAGAAAGAGAAUGCCUGUUCGCGAAGUGAGAGGCGGUCAGACUGCAAGUUUCGCGUUAAAAAAAAUUAAGAGAUCGCAGAUACGCAAGGGUAUGGUGAUGGUGGCACCAGCGUUGAAUCCGCAGGCUUGCUGGGAAUUCGAAGGAGAAAUUCUCGUGUUGCAUCAUCCGACAACAAUCAGUUCGUGUUAUCAAGCGAUGGUGCAUUGCGGCAGCAUAAGACAAACGGCGUCCAUAAUCUCUAUGUCACAGGAUUGUUUAAGAACUGGUGAUAAAGCUUUGGUACGCUUCAGAUUUAUAAAACAUCCCGAAUAUAUAAAGCCGGGGCAACGAAUGGUGUUUAGAGAGGGACGUACUAAAGCUGUGGGCAACGUUUUAAAACUUAUUCCAUAUUCGAACACUAUUGCCAUGCAGAUGAGCAGAUCUAAUAAACCGAAUAAGUCUCAAGGUCGCCAGGGCUCUUCGUCCGUGAUGCAAUCAUUGGAUGGAACAGAAACAAGUUCUUCGUUCGAAGAACAGGCAUCGAAACAAGAGAAUCUGUUGCACAAGUCUGGCGUGAGCCAGAAUAAAAAAAGUAGAGGGAGGAGAGGAGGACGAUCUCAUAAUACUGCGAACAGUAUUAUUCAACCUCUAUCAGAACAAAAUCCUCCUACAAAAGUGUAAAGGUCGUUUAUGUACAAAAUUCAUAUACAUGUACAUAAUAUAUAUACACACUCUGCAGAUACGAGUUGCUUUAAAAUUCUCGGAAAAUAAUAAUGAGAAUUUUGUAUUUUAGUUUCAUUUCAGUAUUUUUUUUUAAUUGUGUCUAAACCAAGGAUUAAAAUUUGGAUGAAAGUUUAUGAAUGUUUUCGAGCAACACCCUCGGUUUACGUAGCGCCAAGAAUGUUAAAGCAUCUUGUUUGUAUAAAUACGUGUAUUAUGUUGAUAAGUAUUUAUAUUAAAGUAUGUAAAAAAACUAUACUUUAUAAUGACAGAAAUUUUACUGGAUUAAGGGGUCACUUGUAUCCUUCGGACAUAAUAUCUCUGUUCUACAAUAUAGAAAGAACCCCUGAAUUUAUUGCUUAUAACGGACAUCGUGCUU